UUCUGCUGUCACGAGCCUGAUCCGAGCCGUACAGUGCAGGCUAACGAAUUGGAGCGGACAUCAGCUAUUCAGGACAUAAUAUUUUUAACCAAAUUUAGUGCGCGAAUAGAGAGCUCAAGGAAGUCCGACCGCUGGUUGGUAUUUGAGACGAUCUACUGAGUUAUUCCGAUCGACCGGUGAUGUGCUCCAGUAUUUGAAUGAUAUUGCUAGUCAGCUAGCUAGCUGUUAAGCUAGCUUUACGUUACGUGACUCGAAGUAAUUGAACAAUAUACUCUCGGACAGCAUUCUUACUAACACGUCUGAGUGCAUUUAGCUUUAAGACAUUUAUCAGUAGCCGUUUUUAUCUUUAGCAAAUUUUUGUGGUAUGAGUUAUACGUAAUUUCUAAUCCAAGGUAGAUGAGGAUUGAAUGAAAUAACGUUAGCUUGCCAUAGCCAAGGAAACAAGCCAGCUAACAGGGAUAACGUUAACUUAUCCCGCUACUUGUUGAUAGACUGCCAUCCAGCGGAUCUAGUAAAUGCUACCUGAGUUACCCACCUAAAAGCAUCGACCGAACCUGGUAGGCAGCAGUCAGUCACAAAGUUGCAGACAGGCAAACGGCUACUACUAAACAUCAAGUUUGCCAUCGUCGACUCCAGUCCGCUGUGAGAGGGUGACCGGCAUCAGUGUUUUUCGGAGAAGGCCAGAGUGAGGACAGAAACCUGCAGACAUGCCGGCUGUGUCGAAAGGAGAUGGGAUGCGCGGAUUGGCUGUUUUCAUUUCGGACAUUAGAAACUGUAAGAGCAAGGAGGCUGAGAUCAAACGGAUUAAUAAAGAGCUGGCCAACAUCCGCUCCAAGUUCAAAGGGGACAAGGCUUUGGAUGGCUACAGCAAGAAGAAGUAUGUCUGCAAGCUGCUCUUUAUCUUUCUGCUUGGCCAUGACAUUGACUUUGGACACAUGGAGGCCGUCAACCUGCUGAGCUCCAACAAGUACACAGAGAAACAGAUUGGCUACCUGUUCAUCUCAGUGCUGGUGAAUAGCAAUAGUGAGCUAAUCCGUCUGAUCAACAACGCCAUCAAGAACGACCUGUCCAGCCGCAACCCCACCUUCAUGUGCCUGGCGCUUCACUGUAUUGCGAACGUGGGAAGCCGUGAGAUGGCCGAAGCCUUUGCCAGUGAGAUCCCUCGGAUACUGGUUGCAGGUGAUACGAUGGACAGUGUGAAACAGUCAGCGGCCCUUUGUCUGCUGCGGCUCUAUAAGACUUCUCCCGACUUGGUGCUGAUGGGUGAAUGGACGUCCCGUGUAGUGCACUUACUCAACGACCAACACAUGGGUGUAGUGACAGCAGCCAUCUCCCUCAUCACCUGCCUGAGCCAGAAGAAUCCAGACGAGUUUAAGACGUGCGUUUCCCUCGCCGUCUCCCGCCUCAGCAGGAUCGUUUCGUCAGCCUCCACCGAUCUGCAGGAUUACACCUACUAUUUUGUGCCGGCACCCUGGCUUUCCUGCAAGCUGUUGCGCUUGCUGCAGUGUUACCCUCCACCAGAAGAUGGUGCUGUCAAGGGCCGUCUGGUAGAGUGUCUGGAGACCAUUCUUAAUAAGGCCCAGGAGCCACCAAAGUCAAAGAAGGUGCAGCACUCAAAUGCUAAAAAUGCCAUCCUGUUUGAGGCUAUUUCACUUAUCAUCCACUAUGACAGCGAGCCAAACCUCCUGGUACGAGCCUGCAACCAGCUGGGUCAGUUCUUGCAGCACAGAGAGACGAACCUGCGCUACCUGGCUUUGGAGAGCAUGUGUACGCUGGCCAGCUCUGAGUUUUCCCACGAAGCGGUCAAGACGCACAUCGAGACCGUUAUCAAUGCCCUGAAGACUGAGAGGGACGUGAGUGUGCGACAGCGAGCGGCCGAUCUGUUGUAUGCCAUGUGUGAUCGCAGCAACGCCAAACAGAUCGUAGCGGAGAUGCUCAGCUACUUGGAAACGGCAGAUUACUCCAUCAGAGAGGAAAUGGUGCUGAAAGUGGCCAUACUGGCAGAGAAAUAUGCCGUGGACUACUCCUGGUAUGUAGACACUAUCCUCAACCUCAUUCGCAUUGCUGGGGACUACGUCAGCGAGGAGGUGUGGUACCGCGUCAUUCAGAUUGUCAUCAACCGAGACGAUGUGCAAGGCUACGCUGCCAAAACGGUCUUUGAGGCUUUGCAAGCCCCUGCCUGUCAUGAGAACAUGGUGAAAGUAGGAGGCUACAUUCUUGGAGAGUUUGGGAACCUGAUUGCUGGUGACCCACGCUCCAGCCCCCUGGUCCAGUUCAACCUUCUUCAUUCCAAGUUCCACCUGUGCUCGGUGCCCACUCGUGCACUGCUGCUGUCGGCCUACAUCAAGUUUAUCAACCUGUUCCCAGAGACCAAGGCCACCAUCCAAGAGGUGCUGCGCUGUGACAGCCAGAUCCGCAACUCUGAUGUGGAACUGCAACAGCGUGCUGUCGAGUAUCUCAAGCUUUCUUCGAUUGCGAGCACCGAUGUCUUGGCCACCGUCUUAGAGGAGAUGCCUCCCUUUCCAGAGAGGGAGUCUUCCAUUCUGGCCAAGCUGAAGAAGAAGAAGGGCCCAGGAGCUGUCUCUGUGACAGAGCUGGAUGAUAGCAAACGAGAGGCUGGGGAGUUGAAUGGAGGGGCCGACCGGGGCCCAGACACAGCAGCCAUGGCUGCAUCUAAUGCUUCCACCCCGUCACCAUCAGCAGACCUGCUGGGAAUUCGCUCUGCUGCUCCCGUCGGUGCUGCUCAGACCAAUGCUGGCAGCCUACUCGUGGACGUGUUCUCUGAUUCAGGGCCUGCUGCACCUUCUGCUGCUGUGAAUGACGACGGCUUCCUGAGAGAUCUGGAACAGCCCACUGAGACCUCCGAUUCCCUAUUGGUGGAGGGUUCUGGUGACUCGGACUCUGCUCCUCCCUCUGAGGAUCCUGCUCCUCCUCUGUCUGAGGCAGAUGAACUUCUUAACAAGUUUGUGUGCAAAAACAACGGAGUUUUGUUUGAGAAUCAGCUGCUGCAGAUCGGCAUCAAGUCAGAGUAUCGUCAGAAUCUGGGGAGAAUGUACCUCUUCUAUGGUAACAAGACCUCAGUGCAGUUUGCCAGCUUCAGCACCACAGUCAGCUGUCCCGGGGAACUGCAGGCUCAGCUGAAUGUUCAGAGCAAACCAGUGGAACCACUGGUAGAGGGAGGAGCCCAGAUCCAACAAGUCCUCAACAUCGAGUGUAUAACUGACUUCUGUGACGCCCCGCUGCUCAACAUCAAGUUCAGGUAUGGAGGAGCUCUGCAGAACCUGACUCUCAAGCUUCCUGUCACCAUCAACAAGUUCUUCCAGCCAACUGAAAUGUCCUCCAGUGACUUCUUCCAGCGCUGGAAGCAGCUGAGCCAGCCUCAGCAAGAAGCACAAAAGAUUUUCAAGGCAAACCACAGCAUGGACACUGAAGUACUGAAGGCCAAGCUUCUGGGACUGGGAACGGCCCUGCUGGACAACAUUGACCCCAACCCAGAGAAUUAUGUGUGCGCUGGAGUGAUCCAGACCAAGGGCCAGCAAAUUGGCUGCCUGCUGAGACUGGAACCGAACGCACAGGCACAGGUACAGAUGUACCGUCUGACUCUGCGCUGCAGCAAAGACACUGUGUCAAAGCGUCUCUGUGAGCUGCUGGCCCAACAGUUCUAGAGUCCACGCCUCCAUGUGACCAGUACUCCUACCAUCCCCACCAGCGACCUCUCCCUCAGACCUGCCGCACCUCCCCUCCUUCCUCCAACAGAGAAUCAGAGUAAAAAACCAAGAGUGUAACCUACAUAAGGGAAAAGCAGCCGCUGCCAGCAGCAGCAAUAUUAAUGUCAUUCUUCCUGUUCCACAUUCUGAUUCUAGUUCAUCCUCUACUUGUUUAUUAACAUAAUGCUACAUUAUUGUUUUUGUUGGUUUACCUGUGUGUGUGUGUGUGUGUGUGCGCGUGCGUGCGUGCGUGCGUGCGUGCGUGCGUGCGUG